AUGUCUAAUUCAUCACAAAGUGAUUGGGGAGAUUAUAAUAGACGUUUAUCACCGAGCUUGUCACCGGAUACUAUUAGACGUCAUCAACAGCCUAUGGAACAAAAUCCGGUAUAUAGUCCGGAUGCAAAGCCCUUUGAACUAUUAAUAGAGGGUUAUAACAACGAGUUCGGAUAUGGUGUCAUGGUGUUGAAUGUUAAAAAUACCCAUAGACAAAGAAAAUAA